AUGGACCCUUCAUGGAGGCCUAAGUGGCUGGAUUGGAACUACGCCAAUUUUGGGUUACAAGAAAACAUUUUUGAAGAGUCUUUUUUGGACCCUGAAGAUAUUGUGCCUAUUAACACUUAUAUAUCAGAAGAUGAGGUUGGGAUUUGGAAUGAAAUGGAUAAUGGGGUAUUUGGGGUUGUUGAGGAAGAGCCGCCAUUGUUACUGCUGGAAUGUGGAGAAAAUGAGGAAAAGGAAGAGAUGGUGGUGAGUAAUAAGAAGGGGAAGAAAAGAUCAAUGCGUUUGAAAUCAGAAAAUGAAUGUAGCAACAAUAACAGUAAUAAUAAUGGGAGCUGUUAUUCAUCAUCAAAAAUGUUGUCAAGAAAAGUAAUACAAGAGUAUUACUAUAUGCCUAUAACUCAAGCUGCUAAAGAGCUUAAUGUUGGACUUACUCUUUUGAAGAAGAGAUGUAGAGAAUUGGGUAUAGGAAGAUGGCCUCAUAGGAAGUUGAUGAGCAUACAAACCCUAAUCAAGAAUAUUAAGGAGCUGAUUGAAAAGGGAGAUGAUGAAGAAGGAAAUGGAUCAGAGAAUUAUAAGUUGAAGAAUGUAUUGGAAAUAUUAGAGAAUGAGAAGAAAUUAAUGGAGGAGAGACCAGAUCUGCAGUUAGAAGACAACACAAAGAGGCUUAGACAAGCUUGUUUCAAAGCCAAUUACAAGAAAAGAAAGCUCUCUGGAUUAAUCAUCAAUAAUAACAAUAACAACAACAUUGAUGAUAUAAAUUCCCAAAGUUAUUUCUCAUCCUCAACCACUACCAUUGAUGAUCAAGACCAUGAUGAUUAUGAUGAAGAGAUGAAGUAUCUCUUAUCUGAUUGCUCCUUUUCUUCUGCUAAUUGCAUGUUCAUGUAA